AUGACCCUCGGCCAGCGCAAACGCCUUCUUCUUACCAAUGAUGACGGACCUCCUGGACCAGCAUCCCCUUAUCUUGCCUCCUUUUAUGACAAACUCCUCGCGUUGGACUGGGUGGACAAAGUUCAUGUUGUAAUUCCCUCUUCUCAGAAAUCUUGGAUCGGUACAGCCCAGUCUGCUUCUUCGAUCACUUUCGGGCCUGCUCUAAAUGACUCUCUUGGCUUUCACAUCACCGAGAUAACGCGAGGCAAGUAUUUCUAUCCAACAAAAGCAUCAAAUGGCCUGGAAGGAGAAUACUCCUCGACCUCUCGUCCCCUCCAAGGCGAUGAGUUUGCUGAAUGGAUCCUUCUUGAUGGGACACCGAGUACUUGUGUCAAUGUCGCGUUACACAAUCUCUUUCCGAGCCAGAUUGACCUUGUUAUCUCGGGGCCUAACCUUGGUCGGAAUGUGGGCUAUGCUGGAUUUAACAAGCGCACUACUGAUCCCUCUGCAGACAUCGGGUACAUCUCAUUACUUCAUCAAUUUGCCUGCAUCAUCUUUAUACGACUACCAGCGGCAUUUGCCUUGUCUUCAGGCACACUCGGCGCGGCUCUUGAUGCUGCGUUAGCCAAAACCCGUGCAAUUGCUGUCUCUUAUGGCACCGUUAUCCACCCUACACCUCCUACCUUUGCCCCACCUGCUCACCAGCUGGCUUGCGACAUAAUAACGCGGCUUGUAUCAGACGAUAGCAGCUUUAAAUCCGCUGACCUCUAUAAUGUCAACAUACCCUUGGUGGAGGGUCUGCUCUCAGACGAAGGACUCAAGGUUGCAUGGACCUUCAUGUGGCGCAACCAUUACGGGCGUCUGUUCAAAACCGUCCCCGCCAAUGAUGGUGGGCCUCUUUCAUUCAAAUUUGCACCAUCAAUGGACAGUCUCAUCCAACCUGCCGAGUCGGAUGUUCCUGUGGGUUCCGAUGGUUAUGCCAUGAUGAAAGGUUGGGCUAGUAUCACUCCACUUCAAGCCAGCUUUUCGGAACCGUCAGAUAUACAUGACAUGGCCUUAGAGGACCGUAGCUGGAAAGUGAGGUUGUAG